CGACCAAUUUUUUCUCCAGUUUUGAAUUUAGGUAUUUCUGAUUUUGAUUUGUUCGACUUCCCAUUUCGUCACUGUUCGUGUUGGUUCCAAAUGAACUGGAGUAAUGGCAAGGGAAGGGAAAAGAAUGGUUCAAUCUUGAAGAAAUGUUGAUGGGACAUACAGAGGGUCUAUCACAACGCCAACACUCGAAGGAUCUUCUUCUGUCGAAUCUUGUAUCCGAAUUGGAUAUUGAUGAAGCUGCAGAUUGUUCUGAACAAAUUCUGUAUGAAGCGUCUUUUAAGGAAUUUGGGAGAUACAGUGUUCAAUAUGACACUAUUAUAUGGUUUUCGAUCUCAUUGUUGCUGGUUUUAGCUUGGGGUUUUGGGAUAAUCAUGCUACUAUAUCUUCCAUAUAGAAGAUAUGUGCUUCAGAAGGAUUAUUCGUCACGAAACUUAUAUGUCACACCUAGAGAAAUAGUUUACAAGGUUUCAAGACCUUCAUUCAUACCUUUCUGGGGUACCACAAAAAUUGAGAAGCGUGUUCCUCUUUCCUUAGUGAUUGAUAUCAUUAUCGAACAAGGUUGCUUACAGUCAGUGUACGGAAUCCAUACCUUUAGAGUUGAAAGCAUAGCACAUGGAAAAGCUUCUCGUGUUGAUGACCUGCAGGUUCAAGGGAUUUCUAACCCUGGUCUCCUGAGAAAGAUCAUCGUAAGAGAAGCUUCAAAAGUUAUACAAGAUUUUGGCAGAAGUUGGAAUAGAACUUCAAUUACUGCUGAAGGAGAAAGCUUCCUAUCAAUGGAGGGACCAACUGUUUUAAAAUCUCCAUCAAAAGGGUUGAAGGCUACUAGAACACCACAAUAUGCGUCGAAGGAGCGUAGAAGUGUAUUGUCUCAGGACUUGCUGCUUCAGAAGCUGGAAGAAGUCAAUAUAUCAGUCAAGAAAAUCGAGCAGCUUAUUAACGAGCCCCACCCUGCCCCUGAAAUCAGCUGAUGGAAACAUCAAAUUGGUCUAUGAACCUGUUUUGUUAGUUGAAGCUUGAGUGAACAGGGGAAAAGAAAUUUGGGAGUGCACUGUGUAUGUAUAAGGUAGGAAAGUAGCUCUGUAUAUUAUGAUGUUUUUGUAUUGUAUAUGGAUCCAUCUUUUUAGUAAUUGAUUGAGUGAGACUGAGCUUUGUUUGCCAUGCAAAUGGACAAUGAGUUGCAAAA